AUGCGUGUCUCUUCUGCUGCUGUCGUCGCCUCCCUGGCUGCCGGUGCCAUUGCGACCGAGUACAAGACCGUCGUUGUGACUGAGUAUGCCACUUACUGCCCUCAGGCCACUUCUCUGGCUGCUGGUCCCGGUACUGCCAGCCAGGGUAACCCCUCUGCUGCUCAGCCUACCACCGUCACCAUCUCCGGUACUGCCUACACCUACAGCACUCCCCUGGUCACCUCCACCGUGACCCACUGCGACAAGUGGUACGUCUCUCUCGGAAGUCUCCAACGGGGAACCAAGUGA